UAAAUAUCUGGCAAUCUGCUCUUCAACUGUUCAAGUACGUGUUUGAACUUUUGAAUCGCCACAGACCACAGCCGUGUCUAAAAAAAAAGGUGUACGAAGAAAGCUAGUGAAGAAACAACAGAUAAAAGAGAAAGUUUCUACACUUCGUAGCAAAAAAGGAGAUAGAAUUGAGAUCACAACUUCUUUAUUUCAGAAAGCAGCCUAGUAUAUUUUAUUUAAUUUAGCAUUAUUGUUAUGAAACUAGGGAUUCCUACGUAACAAAGAAAGGAAUCUAGUUUGUUGGAGAGAAGUUUCCUUCAAAAGUCUGAAACCAUGUCAUUUCAGCUAUAAAACUUCACCUGCCUCCUUCCCCUUAUAUAUAUACUACGUAUGAUUAUAUGAUCAUUCUUCAACCACCUACAACACAAUAUAUAAUACAUCAUCAUAUACUACGAAGUAUAAAUCUUGGGUGAAAAUAUCUACCUUAAAGCACAAGAUUACCACAUAGUAUUUUACUUUCUGUAAGCAUACGUUGCAAAUCCUUGGUUGCGUAAGAAAUUCUCCUAGGUGAAGUUAGCAAGAUCGAUAUAACUUUGUUCAGAGGGGUUUUCCGAAUUUGUAUUGUAAAGAAUUAAAAGAGAUAUGGGAGUUGGAGGAGGUACAUUGGAGUUUAUUUCAGAAAUGAUGGGUAGUGGUAGGCGGCAUAUGCACAAGAAGAAGAACAGGAAGCAGUUUCAAACUGUUGAGCUCAAAGUCAGAAUGGACUGUGAUGGAUGUGAGCUUAAAGUCAGGAAAGCUUUAUCUUCACUCUCUGGGGUGAAGAAAGUGGAGAUAAACAGGAAGCAGCAGAAGGUGACAGUAUCAGGAUAUGUAGAAGCAAAUAAGGUGUUGAAGAAGGCGAAAUCAACAGGGAAGAAGGCAGAAAUAUGGCCAUAUGUGCCUUACAAUUUGGUAUCUCAGCCUUAUGCUUUGGCUUCUUAUGAUAAGAAAGCUCCUCCUGGUCAUGUCAGGAAGGUGGAUUUUGUUGAAACCCCGAAAACUGGGACAGUCUCCCGAUAUGAUCAGGACCCUCUUAUCUCCAUGUUCAGUGAUGAUAAUCCAAAUGCUUGCUCUAUCAUGUAGAUCACUUCUGUUUUUUCUUCCAAUUUUGAUGGUUUCAUCUUGGUUUUGUAAGACUUUUAGCUAUGCUAUGUAAAUUUUCUCAGACUAAUUUCGAAUGAUAAAUAUACUCCUAUAAUUUUCCCUGCAA